AUGGCCACCGGUCCCUCAUUGAACCCGCCCAAAAUCUUUGUAAAUGAUAGUCCAGUUCAAGACGCAAAAAAGUCAAGUACCACGGACUACAAAUAUGAAGGCAAUGGUCUUGUACCGAUUAGAAGUACCGAAAAAGACCUUGGCGCGUUGCUGCGAAUCCAUUGCGUCGAGGACGGGAUAGAUGGCGAGUUCUGGACUCACGCGCUACUGCGGCACAUUCUGUCUAGGGACCGGAUAAAAGAUGAGCUAAUGCAGCCAGAGUAUGGAUUCACGAAAGAUCAAGUCAACGAAUAUGUCAGCAAGAUACACCCCCAUUCGACAAAUGCUUCUUCCAAAACCACCUAUAUCAAGAUCUUUGCGCUCCUAGUCCUGAUCGAGAAGAUUCAAGAUAUUGCACGUUUCAUCAGAGAAGAGACUUGCGAUGACGUCCUUCCCAUCGUGAUCAGUCAAGGUAGGAACGUGUAUUCUUCGAAGGAGGGAAACAGACACCUUUCGUGUUUCAGCGGAUGGAAAACUCACGAACUGGAAUACUUCGAAACUCGGCAGUGGUGGGUUGACACACCAUACUUUGAUUCCACCGUGAACAAGCCUUUGACCGAAGUUACCUUGGACCGAGGCACUCACAAGCCUUGGCGCCGGCUACGAGGCGAUGAACAACAUGACGGGUCCGAGGGAGCCUACGGAAUCGUCAUUCCUGUCGAGAUUCAUCCAACAGCGCAUUCGUUCCAGGAAUUAUUAAGAGGUAUCAACCUAGACUGCACAAAGUUCGCAGUCAAGACACUCAACAAAACCCCCUCCAACACUAAGCAAACCUUCCUGGCGGAAUGGCAAAUGCUGAAGCAAUUCAAUGGACUCUGCCAUCCUCAUCUAGUGACUGCACUAAGUGCUGUCACACAGGAUGAUAAAUGGAGUUUCAUCUUCCCUUGUGCAUCGUCUGAUUUUGAUAGAUACAAGGAAACCAUUGAUCCUCCUAAGGGCAGGCGUGGAGCAAUGUGGCUUUUGACCCAGCUAGAAGGGCUCAUUGGUGCAAUUGAUACUAUUCACGACCCUAGGCAUUUGAAUCUGGGCCCACAGGGAAAGUAUGGUAGGCAUGGAGACAUCAAGUGCGACAACAUUCUCUGUUUUAAGAACUCAGAGACCACAGAUGAUGUUCUUGUCAUCUCUGACUUUGGACUGUCAAAACUCAACAGCGACAAGAGUCGAUCUAACAUUCCUAAUGCAACGGUCCCUCCUGUUCCCGGGUACCGUCCCCCGGAAUGUGACAUCGAAGGUGGCACAGUUUCAAGAGCUUUCGAUGUUUGGACAAUCGGAUGCUUGUUUCUCGAGCUUAUAACCUGGUUCUUGGGAGGACCCAGCUACAUCAAAAAGUUUGAGAAGAAAAGGACCACGACAUUCAUCAAUGGCAUGAUGAACAAUAUUUUCUUUACCUUUCAAGAACUUGUUCCGAGAGAUCCUGGUGGAGCCAAAGCUAUACUAGUAAAGCCUGAGGUCACCGAAUGGAUUCUUGAACUCCGCCAACAUGCCAACUGCUCUCAGUUUUUACAUGAAGCUCUUGAUAUCAUCGAGCAAAAGAUGCUAGUGGUGUUAUCAACAGGCAAGACACGGUCAUCAUCUGGGGAGCUUCGCAAGGAGUUUGAGCGUAUUUCCAGAAGAUGCAAUUCCGAAAGGGAGUACACGCAAGGGAAACCAUUGACAGAGAAGGAGCUCAGAGAAGCCCGAGAUCAGAUCAAGCAGAACACGGUCGCAGUACGGGCCAUUCCCAACCAGCAUGCACGAGCUCUCAUAGGAACGUUCCAAAUCAAAUUGUCAAAACACACUGGGCGAACGGAGAUGUCUUACAACCGGGACCAAUUUGAGAAAAUGGAUAUUAUCGGUAACAAGGAGGAUCUUCAUUCUAAUGGUAAUUGA